GGGCCUUCCCCGCGCCGGCCUUCGCCGCAACCCGGCCGGACGCCGCUCCGCGCCCGGCCCCUCGGCCGGCCCCGCGAUGAAGGCGUCCCAGGCCGCGGAGGAGGAGGCGCCCCUAGGCGCGCGGUCGGUCAAGGUGGUCCUGGUGGGCGACGGCGGCUGCGGGAAGACGUCGCUGCUGAUGGUCUUCGCCGAAGGGGCCUUCCCUGAGAGCUACGCCCCCACGGUGUUUGAGCGGCUCACCGUGAAUCUGCAAAUGAAGGGCAAACCCGUGCACCUGCAAAUCUGGGACACGGCAGGACAAGUCGACUAUGACCGCCUGCGGCCCCUGUUCUACCCUGACGCCAGCGUCCUGCUCCUUUGCUUCGACGUCACCAGCCCACACAGCUUUGACAACGUCUUUAACCGGUGGUACCCAGAGGUGAAUCACUUCUGCAAGGAGGUGCCCAUCAUCGUCGUGGGCUGCAAGACCGACCUGCGCAAGGACAGGUCCCUGGUGAAGAAGCUGCGGAAAAAUAGGUUGGAGCCCGUGACCUACCACAGGGGCCAGGAGAUGGCCAGGUCCGUGGGUGCGGUGGCGUACCUCGAGUGCUCCGCGCGGCUCCAGGAAAACGUCCACGCAGUCUUCCAGGAGGCGGCCGAGGUGGCCCUCAGCAGCCGCAGUCGCAACUUCUGGCGGCGGAUCACCCGGAGCUUCUGCGUAGUGACCUGAGGGCGCGCCGGAUCCCCCAGCCCAGAUGGCCCCGGCAGCUCAGGACGGAGCUGGGCCGUGACCUAUUGCCCCCUUGGUUAGACUGCGCCCUGUUCCCAGGCUGUGACCGAACUGCCCCUCAAACAGAUGAUCACCACAGAGGCUGCGCCCUGGACCCUGGGGCUGAGGUCCCCCGGCUGAAGCAAAACCCCUCUGUGGCCUGAGAAAGGGACUUCCCGGGUUCACCAGCCCUGCGGAGGUCUAGUCCCGGAGUCCCCUGGAAUCCAGGCACCCCAAACUCGCAGCCUUGCAGCCUGGCGCCACCUCGCGGCUGUUCUCGGGGCUGCACCUGGCGGUCCUAGGGCCACCACCUCCCCCACUGUGAUCAGAACUCACACCUCGCCCCUUCUCCCUUCACCCCGCCCUUACCAGUGUUAACUGUAAUGACUAAAAUGACAUCACCUUUCA